AAUGUCUGGAGAGUUACCUAAAAUCACUUCUAAGAGUUUAUUUUCUACUUAUGUAGAAAAAAAGAAUGCUGAAGAAGAAGCUGUAAAAAUAAAAAAUAGAAUUGAUUAAAUAAGACAAGAACGUGAAAAAAUAUUAAAAAGAAUAUAAGCAGAAGAAUUAAAGGCAGAACAAAUUUACAAACAUAGAUUGGAAUUAUAAUUAAAGGUAAUUUGUACAUUAAAAUUAUAGAAAGAAGAAAAAAUCAGAUAGAAGGUUGAAGCACCCCCUCCUUUCUCUUUAAGUGUUUCUAGAGCUUAAAGAGAGACUUUAAAGAAAAUAAAAGAAGAAAUGCUUAACAGAAAGAAAACAGAAGUAAAGGAAUUUAGAAGUUGGCAUCGAUAAGAUUUAUAUGAAACAAGAACUUAGAAAAGUUUAGAUCAUGAAACUUAUCGUUCUAAAGUCCUUUAAGGUAAGGAAGAAGAGAGAUAGGCAAAUUUAAAUACAUUGGCUAAAUUAAAAGAAAGAAGAGAUAGAAUCAGAUAUGAUAUAGAAAUUGAAAAAGAUAGAGUUCUAAGAGAGAAAAGUGAAUAUGAUUAGAAAAUCUAAGAAUUAGAAUAAUUAGAAUAAUUAGAAUUAGCAAAUUUAUAGAACACACUCUAAAGAUAAAAUUAAACAAAAGAAAAAGUUAAUUUAGCUUAAAGUCUAUCACCUAAAGAAUUUGAAGCUAAAUUUGGUUAUAAUUCUACAAGAAAUAUAUAGAAUUCAACAAGUUCAUGA